ACGAGCUCAGCGCCCGUUCUGUCACGAGCUCCGUCGGGGUACAGCGACCGAGGGAAAAGUCUCGUACAUUAUUGACGACUAAAUACAGCCCAGAGCUAUCUUUUUCUCCAGAAACAGGUCUGUCAGAUUAGUUCGUCAGCGAGCAGGAUUUCCCGUUGUCCUAUCGCGGUCAUUUGGGUGAUGUAUUCUAACAUUUGAUAGAGCUAGCCAGCUCGCUAGCUGUUUGGCUAGCUUGCCGUGCGUGACUCAAAGUCAGAGAGGAAUCAGUUGUUAUUUCAACACCAUCCAUCGACAUAUAGGCGCGUAAUCGUAAACUAAAAACAACACGUUGGCUUGUUUUUUUAAGUAGUCAGUGCCGCGACGUAAGCGUACGCCUUGCAUCGUUUUCCCAUUGACUAGAGUUCAAGGGAUUGAAUGAAUUAGCCAACGGAAACAGCAGUCGCGCUGACUCCCCAGCUUCUCUCUACCCGCUGCAUUCACCUCUUUUCUUCAUAAACACUCGCUGCUGCUUUAUCUGUGUGCUUUACGAGCGCUUAGUUUAAUUCGGGACUAAAUUAGCAGCUCUAGUGUGGGUCCGUGUUAGUUAGCCCGCUAGCUCGGUGCAUUUGAACCCAAACCGCCGCCUGUUAAACCUGCACCUCUGAACAUCUGAAAGUCAUUUGUUUCGCCUUGAAGCCGGCUUGUAGUAAAAAAACUAGCAAACAUGCCGGCUGUGUCGAAGGGAGACGGGAUGCGAGGAUUAGCUGUGUUCAUCUCGGACAUCAGAAACUGUAAGAGUAAGGAGGCCGAGAUAAAGCGCAUAAAUAAAGAGUUGGCCAACAUCCGCUCAAAAUUUAAAGGAGACAAGGCUUUGGAUGGAUACAGCAAGAAGAAGUAUGUGUGCAAGCUGCUCUUCAUCUUCCUUUUGGGCCAUGAUAUUGACUUCGGCCACAUGGAGGCUGUCAACCUGCUCAGCUCCAACAAGUACACCGAGAAACAGAUUGGAUAUCUCUUCAUCUCUGUGCUGGUGAACAGUAACAGUGAACUGAUCAGGCUGAUUAACAAUGCCAUCAAGAACGACCUGUCCAGCCGAAACCCCACCUUCAUGUGUCUGGCUCUGCACUGCAUUGCCAACGUGGGCAGCAGAGAGAUGGCCGAGGCCUUCGCCGGAGAGAUUCCUCGCAUCCUUGUGGCUGGGGACACGAUGGACAGUGUAAAGCAGUCAGCUGCUCUCUGUCUGCUCCGUCUGUAUAAGACCUCCCCAGACCUGGUGCUCAUGGGAGAAUGGACCUCUAGAGUGGUGCACCUGCUCAAUGACCAGCACAUGGGUGUGGUAACUGCUGCGAUCUCCCUGAUCACCUGUCUCAGCCAGAAGAACCCUGAUGAGUUCAAGACCUGUGUGUCGCUUGCUGUGUCACGACUCAGCAGGAUUGUCUCUUCAGCCUCCACUGACCUGCAGGACUACACCUACUACUUCGUUCCUGCUCCAUGGUUGUCCUGCAAGCUGCUGCGACUUCUGCAGUGCUACCCACCACCUGAGGACGGUGCCGUGAAGGGACGGCUGGUGGAGUGUCUGGAAACUAUCCUCAACAAAGCCCAAGAGCCACCCAAAUCCAAGAAGGUUCAGCACUCCAAUGCCAAGAAUGCCAUCCUAUUUGAAGCCAUUUCUCUCAUCAUUCACUAUGACAGCGAGCCGAAUCUUCUUGUGCGGGCAUGUAACCAGCUGGGGCAGUUCUUACAGCAUAGAGAGACCAACCUGCGCUACCUGGCCCUGGAAAGCAUGUGCACCCUUGCCAGCUCCGAGUUUUCCCAUGAGGCAGUUAAAACACACAUAGAGACUGUCAUCAAUGCCCUGAAGACCGAGAGGGAUGUCAGCGUGCGUCAGAGAGCUGCUGACCUCCUCUAUGCCAUGUGUGACCGCAGCAAUGCCAAGCAGAUUGUCGCCGAGAUGCUGAGUUACCUGGAGACAGCCGACUACUCAAUCAGAGAGGAAAUGGUACUGAAGGUGGCCAUCCUGGCAGAGAAAUAUGCAGUAGACUACUCCUGGUAUGUGGAUACCAUUCUGAACCUAAUCCGUAUUGCUGGGGAUUACGUCAGUGAGGAAGUGUGGUACCGCGUCAUCCAGAUCGUCAUCAACCGUGACGAUGUGCAGGGAUAUGCAGCCAAGACGGUCUUUGAGGCUUUGCAGGCUCCAGCUUGUCACGAGAACAUGGUAAAGGUUGGAGGCUACAUCCUGGGAGAGUUUGGUAACCUUAUUGCUGGUGAUCCUCGUUCCAGUCCUUUGGUUCAGUUUAACCUGCUCCACUCUAAGUUUCACCUGUGUUCAGUCCCCACGCGCGCCCUGCUGCUUUCCGCCUACAUUAAGUUCAUUAAUCUGUUCCCGGAGACAAAGAGCACCAUUCAGGAAGUGCUGCGCUCCGACAGCCAGAUCAGGAACAGUGAUGUCGAGCUGCAGCAGAGAGCUGUGGAGUAUCUCAAACUGUCCUCCAUCGCCAGCACUGAUGUCCUGGCCACAGUGCUCGAGGAGAUGCCUCCAUUCCCAGAGAGAGAGUCGUCCAUCCUGGCCAAGCUGAAAAAGAAGAAGGGACCAGGAGCCGUGUCUGUGAAUGAGCUAGAGGAGGGAAAGAGAGAGGGAGGAGAACUCAAUGGAGGGGGAGACAGAGGAGGGGACAGCUCUGCCAUUGCUGCAUCUAAUGCUUCCACUCCGUCCCCGUCUGCCGAUCUGCUGGGGCUCCGCACGGGUCCCCCUGUUACCGCCGCCGCUCCCAGCGCAGGCAGCUUAUUGGUCGAUGUUUUCUCAGAGGCUGGCGUCAAUGAUGAUGGCUUCCUGAGAGAUCUGGAACCCCCCACUGAAAGUUCUGACUCCCUAUUGGCUGAGGGUCCUGGUGACUCUGACUCUGCUCCCCCCUCUGUGGUCUCUGAAGAUCCUGCUCCUCCUCUGCCCGAGUCAAACGAACUGCUCAACAAGUUUGUUUGCAAGAACAAUGGAGUUCUGUUUGAGAAUCAGCUGCUACAGAUCGGCAUAAAAUCUGAAUAUCGCCAGAAUCUGGGGCGGAUGUAUCUGUUCUAUGGCAAUAAGACGUCAGUGCAGUUUGUAACUUUUACGACCACAGUCACCUGCCCAGGAGAGCUACAGUCUCAGAUCAAUGUUCAGGCUAAACCAGUGGAGCCUCUCAUAGAAGGAGGUGCUCAGGUGCAGCAGGUCAUCAAUAUUGAGUGUCUGACUGACUUUACUGAAGCACCACUGCUCAACAUCAAGUUCAGGUAUGGUGGAGCGCUCCAGAAUCUCUCACUCAAGCUGCCUGUUACCAUAAACAAGUUCUUCCAGCCCACAGAGAUGGCAUCACAUGACUUCUUUCAGCGUUGGAAACAGCUCAGCCAGCCUCAGCAAGAAGCACAGAAGAUCUUCAAGGCCAACAAUGCCAUGGACACCGAAGUGCUCAAAGCAAAGUUACUGGGAUUGGGCAUGGCUCUCUUGGAGAAUGUGGAUCCGAACCCAGAGAACUUUGUGUGUGCCGGAGUGAUCCAAACCAAGGCCCAGCAAGUGGGUUCUCUGCUAAGACUCGAGCCCAACGCACAAGCUCAGAUGUACCGGUUAACCGUGCGCAGCAGUAAGGACACUGUCUCCAAGCGUCUUUGUGAGCUGCUGGCAGAACAGUUCUAGAGAGUGAUCUAGAACCAACACCCAGACCAGACCAGCGUUCCUGAGAGACCCCAGAAUAAAGAAUCUACAAAACGCAUUCAUGCAUAAGGGAAAAAGUAGCUGUCAGCCUCUGGCAGCCAUAUUACUGUCCUUCUGAUAAUGAUUAUUAUUAUUACUGUUGUUAUCAUCAGCGCUGCCCUUUCUUGUUUUUAUCGGUGUUUACCUGUGUGUGAGCAAUGGAGCGAAAGGAAGCGUGCAUGUUUUUUUCGUACAUGUAUGAAAGAGUCAUGGUGAUAGUUCCGUUCUCCGUCCUGCCUGUUCAAUGAUCAACUCCUGUGCUUGUGUUGACAGCUUGUGUGUGUGUGUGUGUGUGUGUGUGUUGUGGGUUGAGGGGGGAGGGAGAAAAUUAAAGCAAAAAGAUGGAAGUGGAGCAAGUCUUCCCUCUCUCCCGUAUUAUCCGCAAAGUUUCAACCGCAAAAACUGCACAUUAGCUGUUUCUUUGGAACAUUCCCUAUAAGACUAUUAGCAGGACAAGAAAACACAAUCUCAAUACACUAACGCAACAGCACUUCCCUAAAAGAGGCCAGAAUCACUAACCCCCAUUGCUUUCUCUCUCAUUUUCCUCCUCAACUGAAAUCGGUCACAUCCAGAGCCAUUGGUGUACAUAGAGAAAAAAAAAAAAAAAAAAGAGAGAUACCACAUGCAUUUCCAGUUUAUUGCACCGUACGUACGUUCCUUCUGACGUAGAAAUGGCCAGUGCACUUUAAGAGGCUUUGAGAGGAAAGGCUUUUAUAGUCCCACCCCCUUUUUCCUGUUCUUGUCCUAUGUAUUCAGUACUCGUCCUGACCCCCAUAUCUGACAAUGUUUAUUGAAAAAAAAAAAAAAGAAAUCUCUAUAUAUAUAAAUAUAUAUAAACCAUGUAAAUGAUUACCCUUCAUGGAUGCAUUUGUAUGUCUCUUUCUUGUUUUUGAUAGUGGUAUAUUGUCAGUGUGUUUGUAUGCUUUCUUAAAUGGUCUAAUGUUUUUGCUCUUGUUUUGGACAUUCCAUUCUGUACUACGAGUGAAUGGGCAUAACGUUUCAGGUUAGUCGUACAGUGUUAAACAAACUGGGGAGGAACUAGAAUCAGAAAGAGGAAAUGAAGCAGAGGGAGGGUCAGGUCCGCCAGUGUGUGAGUUUCUGCACAUGAAGAGUGCAACUGUUGUGGACCUUCAUGUAAAUGUCUUUUCUUUUUUUUUUUUUUUUUUUUGUAAUAUCGUUUAAAAAAAAAAAAAAAAAAAUACAUCUGGAGGACAACAUCUUCCAGUGCAGUUAUUUACUGAAAUGAAUAAUAGAUAGUGGUUACCUCAUUACUAAAUCCUUACACAACACACACACACUAUUAACUCUGAGUAGUGAGUGGCCACAGCUGGAGACCCAUAUUUUCUUUUGCAGCGAUAAAACCUGGGAAAGCACUUAGUUUGUGAAAAGUCGUCACAGGCACGCAGUUGUACACACAUUCUUAGGCUUAGAGGACGGGGGCUUAAGGGGGAGCACUGGACCAAAGCAGCUGCCAACUGUCAAUCACGUACAGGGAUCAUAACAAUUUUGGUCAGCAUUGUUUGGUGAGCGAGUGUGUGGUGUUAUUCUGUGUGAUCCAUGUGAAAAAUAUAAUGGAAUUUAUGCGACAUUGUCAUAUUAGUUCAGCUGGGGGUCACGCUUCCCUUGAUGCAGUGAUGCAGCACUGGGGACAUCGUCAUUGUAGUUGAUUAGAGUCACAGUCAUGGCGUGUGUGUGUUUCUGUGUGUGCGCGUGUCUAUGCAGUAUCCGCUAGCUAAUGCAGCCCCAGUGUAUCGCUGUUCAACCUGUCAGAUACCUGUGUUAGAUUAAAUUUACUCUGUACUGAAUAAUGUGAAAGUAAAAUUAUGCCAUAUACUCGAA